UGCCCCCACCCUUCAACUUCCCUUGUCCUCACACAUUAGACCCUCAGCUGCCUAAGCUCCACAUCUCUCUCCUCCAUUGAUAAUGUUUAGAGUUAUACUAAACCUUUUUCUCUUAUUCCUUUUGUUUCAGUUUCGAUCUAACAAUGCUUCUUCCCCUACAGCACAAACUCUUGAGCUGCAAAAUCCUAACUACUUCAACCCAAAGCUGCCGCCUAUGACACUCUCUUCCUCAAAAAAGUUCGAGGGAUCAUCAGACCUGGUAAACCUCCGUUACCAUAUGGGUCCAGUUCUCUCUUCUCCGAUCAAUAUCUACCUCAUUUGGUACGGCAAGUGGGCCCCAUCACAGCAACUCCUCAUUAAAGACUUCCUUCUCUCCGUUUCCACUUUCAACCACCGCGCUGCUCCUUCUCCUUCCGUCGCGGAGUGGUGGAGCACAGUGUCCUUGUACACUGACCAGACCGGAGCUAACAUCUCCCGCUCCGUACUCAUCGCCGGGGAAUACUCUGACAAUAAGUAUUCUCAGGGGAAAAACCUUAAUCGUCUCUCCAUUCAAGACGUCAUCGCCGAAGCCGUUCGAUCAAAACCGUUCACCGUCGAUCAUAAAAAAGGGAUCUACCUCGUGUUAACUUCAGUCGACGUUACGAUGCAGGACUUUUGUCGAGCAGUUUGUGGGUUUCACUACUUCACCUUCGCAUCGAAAGUGGGUUACACGCUUCCGUACGCUUGGGUCGGCAACUCCGGGAAGCAAUGUCCCGAAGUUUGUGCGUAUCCAUUCGCGGUGCCGGGGUACAUGGGAGGAGGUGGGCCCGGGGCACUGAAAUCACCAAACGGAGACGUCGGAGUAGACGGCAUGAUUAGCGUAAUAGGUCACGAACUAGCUGAGCUAUCAUCAAAUCCGUUAGUGAAUGCGUGGUAUGCAGGGGAAGAUCCCGUUGCGCCGACGGAGAUUGGGGAUUUGUGUGAGGGAUUGUAUGGUACAGGGGGUGGGGGUGGGUACAUUGGACAGGUAAUGAAGGAUAGAGAUGGCCGGACUUAUAAUUUGAACGGACGGAGAGGAAGGAAGUUUUUGGUUCAGUGGAUUUGGAGCCCUGUUCUUAAAGCCUGUGCUGGUCCCAACGCCAUGGAUUAGAGAGCACAAGAAUCUGUGGAUUGUUUAGCUAAACUCCAUAAAGUUUGAAAAAUAAAACAAAAAUGGAGGAAAAAAGAAAGAUGCUCCAAUUUCAUACUACAAUUUUCUGACUGUGCAUUGAUAAGUAAAUUCCUCCAUUAGCUCAGCUGAGAAGACUAUCUCAAGAAAGGGGAAGAAAAUCCAAAAAUGAACGAUUGCCCACUGUUGUCGGCGUAUCGGUUGCUUUUGGUGAUGAGAAUUGUUACUUUCUUUUUAAAAUUUUUUUUGUAUGGAUUUAUUUUCAUUAAUCGUUUUUUUUAGAUGUAAAAAGAGGAUAUUUAUUAAACUUCUUGGGGAUUCCUAAUACGCAGUAAAUUUAUUAGAGACAAGAUUUUUAUGUUGCAAUAAUGUAGUACUAUGUAUUAUUUUCUCUGAUGGAGCUCAACUUUUAAAAGUCAAAUUUUUAAUUUU